AAUAACCGGCCAUUAAGUAUAAUCAAUGCUGUGAUUGGCUGGAUCUAUUUUGUUGCAUGGUCUGUUUCAUUUUACCCUCAGGUAGGAAGUUGGAAUUUGCUUGAUACUUAGAUAUGGCUAAAGAAAAUCAAAGCAGUUUUUUUUUUGUUAGUGAAGCCAGCUUUUUAUUCAACUGCUUGUUCAAAAUUCCCUGUGUCUUUGUCUUCCAGAGCAAUUUGAGCCAGUAGUAAGCGCUCUUUCAGCCUGUGAAAUUAGCUGGCAGCAAGCUCUUUCUUACAUCCCUACAUGGGAGUUUUAUUGGCAUAUUGUUUCCAUGCCAUUAUCAUAACACCAUUUAGUUUCUGAGGAAUUGAUUGUCAUGUUACUUUUUUUUCUAGGUUUAUCUUAACUGGAGAAGACAGAGGUAAUAAUUUUAUUUUUACAUGUAGAUAAUCAUUUUUGUAACAAAACAGAGAGCCAGUACAAAUGUAUAUGACUUCUCAUAAAAAUCCCAAUUAGUCAACUAUUUGUUGAGAUUAUUAUGGAAAAGGGUUUUCAUGCAUGGUAGAUCUUUGCCAAAUGUGGAUAAUGUAAAUUGGAGAAAUAACUUGAACUUCAAUCGUUAGCAGCUCUCACAUUUUGCUUGCUAAGUGCUAUUCCUUACUUUUCUUAAUUAAAUGAUCUAAUCAGUAUAACAAGAUGAUUCAUAUUCUAUGUCAGGCCAGUGCAGAGCUUAAAGAUUUUCUUGCUCAGCAAGAAAAUCUAUUUGGGUGAUGACCAGAUGACUUUUUAAGCAAUAGUAAAGAGUGGCAGAGUAGAAUUAUUUGAACUUGGGAGAACAAAUCGUCAAAAAUAUGUCUAGCAAAAAAUAAUUAUCAUCCCCAAGUCUAAUGAAAAUAACUUGUGUAUGUUUUCUUUUUCAGUGUAAUUGGCCUCAACUUUGAUUUUCUUGCUUACAACAUCACAGGAUUUAUAGCUUAUGGUUUAUUUAAUAUUGGAAUGUUCUGGAUACCUUCAAUACAGGUAUACUAUUUCAUUUAAAAUUAUUUUUUAAGAUAAUUCCUGUUAAUUAUAGGAAUUUCCACAUAUACCAGACACCGUCAUAUGAAACGAAAAACAAAAAAAAAACAAAAACAAAAAAACGAACAAAAAAACCUACAACAAUUCUAAAACUGUAAGGACUGCUGAGUUGAUUGUUAUAGUCAUGCACCUUUAAUUUUAAGGUUCCUUUUCAUACAGCUGCUUUGAAAAUUAAUACAUAUACAUAUUAAUACAUAUUUUGCAUUAAAAUUAUGUUCAUGUAAUAAAUGUUCGAUUGUUUUCUCCAAGGUACUGAUGACAUUACUGCUUUUCUUUGUAGCAUGAAUAUUUUGCCAAACACCCAGAUGCAGUUGUAAACCCAGUCCAAGACAAUGAUGUAUUUUUUACUAUCCAUGCUAUCCUCCUUACAUUUAUUACUAUUCUUCAGUGUUUAUUUUAUGAGGUAAAUUUCAGUUCAUUAUUGAUCAUUGAAGUUGAACUGUUUUGCUUGUAAUUAAGAAAAGAUUAGGCCAUUACAUUAUGUACAAGCUAUCAAUAAGGAAGAUGGCGUAAAAUAACGAAAACAACAAAAAAUUAGAAAAUGUGUUAUCUCUGCUCCUCCUCUAAAGUAUCAAGGAAAGCUUUUACUUAAAAUGUCUCUAUUCCUUUUUGUUUCAUCGUCAAUGUCAUUAUUACUGUCAUUAUUAUCAUGGUCAUUGUUACUUUACUGAGCACAAACUUGAUGGUGAAUAUUUUUUUCCAUUUCUUAUAGCGUGGAGAUCAAAAAGUAUCACUUGUUUCUAAAGUAAUAUUGUCUUGCACAUGGAUGUUUGCAGCAGUGGCGUUAAUUGUGACAUUAUGUCACACAAUCACAUGGUUGACAUAUCUGUAUUACUUCUCAUACAUCAAAAUUGGUGUCACACUCAUCAAGUACAUACCACAGGUUGGUUCAACCACAUGCAGUUUGUGUCAAUGUUAAUAUCAUAAAUUGUCAUACCCAAAAGUAAAGGAAAGUAAAAUUGAAGCAAGGAUGAAAUUUUGGCCACAGUAUAAAUAAUAGAUCACCUUUAUUUCUCAGGUUCCUUAUAAAAUUUUGUAACAUUUGUUGCCAUGAAAUCUACCUUGUGUCCCUGUUUCAAGCUCGACAUGUGUCUUGAUGCAAGUUAGAGGCCUUUUGAUCACAGAUCUUUAUGUACAGCAUGAUGAAUAGCCCUCAUACAAAUAAAAUGAACUGGUAAAUACCUGUUAUCACUGAAUUGUCAAGAGUUUAUCUUAUCCACAUGUACUGUUUUUAUUUCUGAAAAGGCAUACAUGAACUACCGGCGUAAAAGUACAGUUGGAUGGAGUAUUGGUAACAUUCUUCUUGAUUUCACUGGAGGAUCUUUGAGUAUUUUACAAAUGUUUCUUUUGGCGUAUAAUAAUGGUGAGUAGUAACCAAGAUUCCAUGUAAUUUAAAGUCGUGAAGUCCCUAAGCAAAGAUUGUGAUACCUGCACCCUCCCCCAGAGUUCGACUGCAGAAGCUCAGGGUAGUUGUCAUCAGGAGUGCUGAUUACUCACAGAAAAUAUUUUUUUAAGUGCAUUUUAGAUCAAAUAUUGUUAUUGUAUUAUUUUGUUUCUUAACACUUUUCUUUGAUGAUUGAGAGACAUUUAAAGGUAUGUUAUUACCAUCCCCAUUUUGGCCUAGGUGUGUUCCAUGGUCUGUGACAUUACAUGCACUGAAUUGCUUUGAACCACAACCACUGAAUUAGCAACCCCCAGAUGUGAUUUUUUAUUGUACUGUAUCAGAGGCAGUCUAUGAUUCUCAAUUUACUCUGCAACCUACUUAAGCUUGAGGUAUCUGCACAGGCAAAUUUUCAACAUUUUAUUUUGCCCUCAAAAUCUUUCUACAGUAAGUUCAGAUGAUGUAAUAUGCAUAUCUAGUUUUCUUUGUCGAAUAUUCCUUCGCAUUUUAGGGGAAAUCUACUCAAAAAUUGACCUAUUUACCAGAAGUUAGAGAAAAAUUUCUGCAUUUCUGUUACUAAGAAAAAAGACUGUAGGAGACAGUGGGAGCGCAAUUUGACGCCUCUUUUCAGCAUCAAGUUCUGUUGAUGUGCUCAGCAAAUUACAAUUUAUUCACUGCUUGGAUUCAUUGACAAACUACAGCCACUGUAUGUCUAACUUGAUUUUUCUUGCUUCUGUUUAAGCUGUGAUGACUAAUAUUACUUGCUUCUUGUCAAAAUUUAUUAUGUUCUUGAAAUAUACUCCAUUUUCCAGGACAUUAUUGUAAAAAAUAUAUAUUUCAUCGGCGUGUCUUCUCACUUGAUAUAUUCUGACAGUUUUGCAGGGAGAGUAAACUGCUUUCUUGGCCCUAAUCCUCUGGUCUGUUUUUCUGCUGAUCAAUCUCUUUACAGAAGCAAUUAUUCUUUCGAUUUUCAAUAAAACUCUUCUUCAUUGCCUCAUUGCAUUAAAGCAGAUUAAAGCUGACACUGAGUAAUGCAUCUUCCAGAAGUGCGUCACACCUAGCAACUGAUCACGUAUCAAAAUCCAAGGGGGCUAUAGAGAGGUUAUUUGGCAUUUGUUUAGGCUUGAUGGUUCAAAAUUGCAGGCAAGAAGGUCUCUAAUAGUAGUAUCACAGAAAAACAGUUGAUUUUGAGAAGAAAAUAAGUUUCUUUACUAUGGAAAAGUGUUAAUUACCGCGUGACCGAUUUACCUUGACUUAUGGAAACCACUUUUAUGGAGGAAUGGAUCAUUAUUUCUUCAUGAAAUUUGGCAAAUACACAAACAGCAUGUUCAUGAAGAGAAUUGUGUUCAACCAAAGGUUACAAUUGCCGUACAGCUGAGUUAUUGACGUCAAAAUUUUAUUAAUUCUGUCUUUUUUCCUUAUUUGUGUUACAUUUCUUUUGUUAACAAUAACUCUAAGGAUUCUGAAAUUUUGAUUUUCUUUUUCCACGCCACUCUGGGGGGUAAUUAAAUUAAAACCUUUUGGGUGAAAUAGCAUACUUUAUUUUGAUAUAUUUUAGUUCCUCAAGGACUGAGAAAUACUGUCAAUGUAGUGAUAUAUAGACAUCAUCAAUAAUAUAACUAUUAAAGUGAUACAAAUAUGUGCACAAUUUGCUGGGGCAGAUACCUUAAGUUUUUCCUGUGGUGGUUUUAGUCUGUAGGCAUUUCCUAUUAUUGUAUUUUUCUAGUAGCUUUUGAAUUUAUAGAAGUUGCAUAAAUAUAGAGGACAAAUAUUUACACUUUUAUAUUUAAGUAAGAUAAGAAAAAAUGCAGAUGAAGUUGUUUGUUUUGUUGUUGUUCUCCUUUUAAUUUAAAUAAAUAUUCUGAAAAGCUUUGUUUCCCAUGCUGCUUUUCCUUCUUUGGAGGGUAGGGUGUGGCUACAAGAAGGCUACAAAAUGGAAUAUAAAUACCCUAUCCCAUGACAAUACCUAUUCCGCUUAUUGGAGUACCCUUUAAGAUCUCUCUGCACCUUUGUUCUUGGAUAUCAGUUAUUCUUGAAGACCCACUGCAGGGAGUCUUCAUGCAGCCAUCAACUCUUCAUUUAAGGUCUUUACCUUUUUUAUUUGCAGAUGACUGGAGUUCUAUCUUUGGAGACUUUACAAAGUUUGGUUUGGGUGCAAUUUCAAUCCUAUUUGAUUUUCUCUUUAUGGUUCAGCACUACUGCUUAUACCCAUUAAAAGGAAAUGAUCGUUAUGAAGUUAUUGCUGGAAGUGAUCAGGUGUCAAGGGAGGCAAAUGAAAAAUCAUUGAAGUCCUUAUAUAGCAGUCUUGCAUAA